CAGAGGCAGUGGUUAUAUAAGUCUCAAAAAGGUCGAAACAGUUUCGUUUGUAGUUGAAAGUUGGGGUCAGUUUUCUUCGGUGAAUCCAUUCACGAGCAAACUCCUAUUCUUCAGCUACAAAAAUCUUUUCCAGUAUGGACUCUAACAGGGGCCAAGGUGGAAUUCAACUUCUCUUAGCUGCUGAGCAAGAAGCACAGCACAUUGUCAAUGCUGCAAAGAGUGCAAAACAGGCUAGAUUGAAACAGGCAAAAGAAGAAGCUGAGAAGGAGAUAGCUGCUUUUCGUGCCCAUAUGGAAGCUGAGUAUCAGAAAAAGCUUGCACAGAGUAGUGGUGACUCAGGUGCUAAUGUCAAGCGACUAGAGGCAGAGACCGAAGCCAAGAUUGAUCAUUUGAAGACAGAAGCUGCAAGAAUUUCUCAUGAUGUUGCCCACAUGCUUCUAAGGCAUGUUACCACAGUGAAGAACUAAGAUCUGUGUUGGAUGAGUGUGAAGCUGAGUAUUCUCUUAGCCAUUUCCUUUCUUCUGUUUGGAGUCUGGGGUUUGGCCAACUCUCAACUUAUUUUGUAUUUUUAUCAUCUCUAUUGGUUUCUCAUGGUCCUGAUUGAAUAAAGCAGUUAAAUACUGUGCUUUUGUACCAGGGGUCUGUAUUUAGGUGCAAUAUGAACUGUAUUAUCUUCCAUAUUGGAUUACCCUCAAGUAGCAUUGACUGUUGUAAACCCCGAUGAGAAUGCGAGUGUUAUUACUUAUUUAUAUAUAUCUAUUUGUCA